GGUCCCUAGGUGUGCAAUUGGGCGUUUCAUGAGCUCGAUGCAUGGAUAUUGUGCACGCUAACUGAUGAGGGCCACGCAGCGAUCAACUGCGCACCCGCUCGUUCCUCAAAUUGCGUUUCACGUACGCUCUGUACCAUUUUAGAGACAGAUUUGGUUGCCACACCUUACAUGUGUAGAAUGGCCAUUGCUUUGUACAAACACGACGAAAGCUAGUUAAGCGCGCCAGUUCCGACACCGGUAUUUUCCGACACCGGUAUUCGCGUUGUCGCUUAUUUGCGACCCCGAGCAUUGUACACCCGGACACAAAUUCAACGACAAUUGGCAAUGUCGCAGCUGUCGUGGCUCGCUCGGUGGGCGUCCAAUGCCCACCCUUCAAUGUUCGCUCUCGCGGGCGCCUUGGCUGGGGCCUACUUCGGUCUCAGCUGGAAUUCACAGCAGCAGGAGCAGGGCUUUGUAGCUGCACAGCGUCUGACGCUGCCGGGACUGACGCCGGUGGCCCUGGCGGACGCCGCCCCGCCAAGGAGCGCCCCUGCCGCCCAGCCUGCCGCCAGCGCUGCCGCCGCCAACUCCACGGCGGCAGCCACGGCCAGCAUUUCGCUGACUGGGUUUGAGGACGUCAAAGACGCGAACGGCUUUGUCGCGAGCGCUCUGGAAAAGGUGCUGCGUGGUGGCGGCCGCGGCGGCGGCCGGGACUCGCCCCUAGCAGCCCUGCUGGGCAUCGCGCCGGGAGGCGCCCCCUCCACCUCCUCCUUCUCCACCUCUUCUUCAGCAUCAUCUGGGUCGGGGGCGGGAUCAGCAGCAGUGACCGGGGGGCAUGUGGCAGGCAAGGUGCCCUCCGGCGCAUCAGUGCUGUCGUUCGGCGAGUCGCCCGGCCCCGCGGCGGCUGCGGCGGGUGUGGAGCCGGCGGUGUUUUAUGAGCUGCUGGCGAAACAGCCGCUGUACGAGAAGGUCCUGGUCCUGGACGAGGUGGUUGACGGCCUCAUUGCGGAGGCGGAGCGCGGCGCGGAGGCGGCGGGGCUGGCGGUGGGGCUGCUGGGUGGCGGCGUGGCCUGCUACGCCCUGCUGGGCUGGUGGACAGACCUGGCGCUGCCGGGCGCGGGCACGGUGACCUGCAGCGCGGUGGCGGGCGCGGCCGGACACUACCGGGCCAAGCUGGCGGCACAGCGCACCCGCCGCCGCUUCCUCUCCUUCCUACUCAACCAACAGCCCUCCUCCUCCGCCGCCGCCUCCCCCGGGGCUGGCCGGCCCGUGGGUCUGUCCAACUCCUUCCUGGCCUACCUGGCCGCGCCCACGCUGGCGGAGAAGCAGCGGCUGGCCUCGGAGGUGCCGCCCGCAGACUUCUUCGCCGACUUCUACGCAGCGCUGCAGCCGCUGCUGAGGCAGAGCAAGUUGGAGGCGGACGCGGCGGGCCGGGCGGUGCUCGUGCAGCUUGACUAGGUGUGCAAGACGGGGCGAGGGAGGGCGCGGCGACAAGUAGUUGGUCAGGAGGACUGUAUGAUGCAGGAGGAGGCGGUGCUAAGCAGCUGGUGAGGGCGACAGCGCUUAUCAGGGGACGGUGACACGUAAUUUUGCAUGCUUACGUGCGGUGACCAUCUGGACCGUGAGUCGUAUCUGAGGGCAGCUCGUUUGAGCCAGCCAUAGGCUGGAUAUCUGUGUUCAUGGCACGGGGUAUUGGCACGGGGGACUGGGCGGCUUGGCACGACGAGGGACGUGUGAAUGUGGAAACAUUCGGGCGACGUAGGGACGAGCAUACGAACUGCGAACUGGUGCAUAUGCAAGUCUGUGUGCAUCUGUGUGCAUGUCCUGGCUGCCCAUGCGGCGCAAAAGGCAAUACAAGGUCCAGAGUCCCAAGUCUCUUGAACACCGCUGCUCUUGAAAGACGAACGCGUGUGGGGUGGCUUUUGGCUUUCCGAAUAGAGCGUGUCAAACCCGAGGUUACCCGGCCAAGCCGUGCGCCCAUUGUGUUGCUAA